UAGCGACGGCCAUUGAGACAUGUAAACAAUCCCAGCUGGGCGACACGAUCCCCAUUCAUACUUCACGUGCAGUACUGUAACACAGCUGUGUCAAGCCUAGCUUAACUUCCGAGAUUUCCAAAUGGACCAAGAACAGCUUCGGCAGCUCGGGGAGCAGAGGGAGUCCUGGUGCACGGUGGAUUCCAACGCUCUGCGGAUUUGGUGUCGCCCGGAGAGGAAACAUGCACAGCAGGCCUUCAGGAGCGAUGUUUUCAGCCCUAACAGGAACGAGGAGUCUGAGCCUAGAUGCACCUUCAUGGUCAAUGCCCCAACCCACCGAGAACGCAGACACUUUCCAGAGAAACAGGGAACCCAGCUGAAAAUCUAGAUGGAUUGGAUAAUGUUUCAUUGCAAAGCUGGUGACAUGGGAGCUGCAACAACUACAUCACACAGCCAUGACUUGGGACCAACACUUGAAUGGGAGUUUCCCAGCAAAAAGUUAUAUCACACUUUACACUGUCAAGUGAUACAAAACUGUUUGUACUACUAGCAUACACUCUUGAAAAGUAGUCACUUCUGUAACAGCGGUUGACAAAACAUAUUGUACAUUUUAAGUUUUCUUCUUUACUUUGCGAGAUAACCUCUGAUGAAUAAGUAUUAUAAUCUCUGAAGGAAGACAGCACAAUAUACACAAAUGUAUGUUAUUACUCCACAGAGAUUGUUGCAAAAUUCAUAUUUUGUUUGAGUUUCCUUAAUGUAUGACAGUGAGAUUUUUAGAUACAGCAUGAUGAGAAACUGUAUAAGCUUAGUAGUAGAAGGUAGACUGAAGGCACAUUAGUUCCUAGGAAUACUAAACAUCAGCCACAAGUAUACAAUCAUGCACUUGAUCAUUUUGUAUUUAUUUGUUUCUAAAAAGUACAACUGGAUGGUACAUAUAUAUAUUGUACAUGCAGCCAAGAUAUUUCAAGAGAUAAAUUGCUACAAGAACCAUAAAUAAUAGUACAAAUAAUAAAAUUUUUCUCAAUCAC